CAUAAAUACACAGCCGACGAUCAGUCAUCCUCUUUCGUUCCUGAUCUUCGAGCGAGUAGUACUCUCUUCAGUUCUUGCCCGCGGAUCCAGCAACAACUUCGCCGAGUUAGGAGUGUUGGACGUCGAACAGACGCCUAGAUAGCCCUCCGAGAAAUGUUAGAAUCCUUCUGGAAUAAAGUAUUUCUUCAAACGAGACGCGAGGAGUUAAUCUAGGCUACCAGUUAUUGUGGAGCUGAGGACAGUACAAUAGGAAAUAGUUUGUCCUGAGAUCGAGUAAAUUUCAAUCAGCGGCGAAAUUUUGGACAGUGCGAGCGAGAGCUACGCGUCAAUACGCACGAGUUCUUCAGUGCAUGGCAAGGGACAUUCGCACGCGGACGUAUACAGAAACGUCGAGGGGGACGAAGCGACGCGAAAGACGACGCAAGAGGUCAGCGAGAAGUCACCAGCGACCCGGGGCUCGCGCGCGAGAGGCUGCGCGGAGGCCAAGGUCGAGCUUUGGAGCACGGAGGACGCAGCUGCGGGAGGAGAGUGUCCGAGGAAACAAAACUCCGUCUUCCGCUUUUUAACAUGAGUGAACCGGCCCUAUUUACGCUCAGAAGACCAGUGCCGAAGACGGGAUUUUGGGAAAGGUGGAUGGGUUGAGUUCUGGAUCUGUCGCUUAGAAUUGCUCGCCGAAGUGCCCUGAAAUUUUGUCUAUGGGAAAUUUGUUUUAGAAUUGUGUUGUCGAGAAUCGUAUAAAAGUCUUAAAGAGUUGUCAUUGCAAUAUUCAUACGUUGUAAGUGUGUCAAUUUCCCUGUAAAAUGUUGGGCACCAUCAGGAGUUUGAGUAGACCACUGUGGCGUAGUGCUAGAAAUUUCCAGACAUCAUCAUGUACUCAAAGUGACAGCCUUUUUGUGCAUAGGGAUUCUCAGGAGAACAACCCUGAUGUACCAUUCGAAUUUUCUGAAGCAAACAAGAAGAGAGCAGAAGCUAUAAUGGCUAUUUACCCUGAAGGACAUAAGAGAGCUGCUGUAAUUCCUCUUUUGGAUUUGGCACAGCGCCAGCAUGGCUGGCUCCCUAUUUCAGCUAUGCAUAAAGUAGCUGACAUUUUAGAUAUGCCUCGAAUGCGUGUAUAUGAAGUCGCAACUUUUUAUACUAUGUUCAUGAGGAAUCCUACUGGAAAGUACCAUGUACAAGUUUGCACUACAACCCCAUGCUGGUUGCGGGGAUCUGAUGAUAUAAUGUGUUGCAUUAAGAAUAAAUUAAAUAUCAAUGUUGGAGAAACGUCUGAAGAUGGACUAUUCACUCUCUCUGAAGUAGAAUGUUUAGGUGCAUGUGUUAAUGCUCCAAUGGUUCAAAUCAAUGAUGACUAUUAUGAAGAUUUAACUGUGAAGGAUACAGCUGAAAUUCUGGAUGAUUUGAAAGCUGGAAAGAAGCCUAAAGCUGGGCCAAGGAGUGGCAGAUAUGCGGCAGAACCAGCAGGAAAGCUCACAUCAUUAUCCGGAGAGCCACCUGGCCCUGGUUUUGGGGUUCGUUCAGACUUGUAAUGUUAGUUUUCUAAGAUAUUUAUCCAAAAAUUGAGAACUCCAUGGAGGACAAGAGACAUUGUAGUUUUCCUGUUAAGUUUCUCUAGGUUUCAAGAAAUGUAAAUUAAAAUAAGCAAUCUUAUGACAAUGCAGCUUACUGUGUAUACUAUACAUCUGUUAAAAAAAUAAAGUCCUUGCUGCAAUGAAUA